AUGUCUACAAAUUUAGAACUGAGUGAUUCACAAAUACGUAUAACAAAACUUACAGAUUCUCGAUGUGCUUGCAGAGCAUGCCGUCUAAAGAAGUGCGAACAAAUGGGGAUGGAUCGCGAAGGUUUGAUUUUAACCAAAUAUCGUUUUGAAUCAAGCAAAAAAGAUGUUAGCACAAAAUUAUUUUUUGAAUUUAUAUGUAACAGUAUUCGGUUCUUACGUGAUCGUAUAAAUUUUUCAUUUAAAGUUAUGGAUACAUUAAUAUAUAUGACGAAUUCAUUCUUUUCUUCAUUAACAGAUCGAAAAGCAGUUGAUAUAAAGAAAAAAGGUCACAUGCUGAUUAGUAUGCACCAAUCGGAUAAUUAUCAAAUUAUCAAACAUUCAUGCCCAUCCGAUAGUCUGUCAUGA